AGCUGGCUAUUGUCAACUUCUCCGGCUAAUGUCUGUUAGCACCAGCCUGCUAGCCGCUUGAAGAGCUGUAGCAUACUUGUCAGAAACUUCUGGAAACGUGUGGCUAGCUUAGCCGCUCUUAAUCAAAAUACAUUCAUGUAGGAAAAAGUUACAUGUGAAAUGGUAUUCUGACUGAAAAUGACUGAACAAGAGGAGACUAUGGACGCCUUUGAUAACCGUGACAGUGCGUCAUCAGAAAAGAAGAAUGGACAAACCUCGCUGCUGGACAGUGGGGAGGACUUUGAGGUCUUAGAUGAAGAAGACAUUGGAGACGAACCCCCUCCUCUGGAAGAUGCCGGUGGUGGGAAGGGGGAAAAAAGGAAUGAAUCAGAAAAGAAAAAUGGAGACAGCGAUCCAGAUCCUCCAGGUCAAGUGGAAGAAUGGCUUGAUGUAUUAGGUAAUGAUCACCUGAAGAAAAAAAUCCUUGAGGCAGGGGAAGGACGAGACAGUCGGCCACAGAAAGGACAGAAUGUAAAGAUUAAUCUUAAAACAUACCUGAAGGAUGGAACCCUUGUAGAGGAGAAGUUGGACCUCUGUUUCACUCUUGGAGAUGGAGAUGUCAUUCAGGCUCUGGAUCUCACAGUGCAGCUCAUGGAAAUGGGAGAGAAGGCCCUCAUUCAGACUGAUGCAAAAUAUGCAUAUGGUGCUCAGGGGAGUCUGCAACCUGAGGUUCCCCCCUAUGCUGAGCUGUCCCUGGAAGUGGAACUGCUGGAAGCUACUGAUGCCCCAGACCUAGAGCUGCUGGCCCCUGCAGAAAAGAUUGCCCUGGCCAGCCUAAAGAGAGAGAGAGGCAAUGUUCACUAUCAGCGUGGAGACUAUGCUUUUGCUGUCAAUUCAUAUAGCAUUGCUCUGCAAAUAACAGAAUCAAGUUCUAAAGUUGACAUUAGUCCUGAAGAGGAGAAUGAGCUGAUGGAUGUAAAAGUGAAGUGCUUAAACAAUAUGGCUGCUUCACAGCUGAAACUGGACCACUAUGAUGCAGCACUAAAAUCUUGUGUCUCAGCACUGGCACACCAGCCAGACAACAUAAAAGCACUUUUCCGCAUGGGCAAGGUACUAGCCUUGCAAGGUGAAUACACAGAAGCCAUUCAAACUUUGAGGAAGGCGCUGAAGUUGGAACCGAGCAACAAGACUAUCCAUGCGGAGCUCUCCAAGCUGGUGAAGAAGCAUUCAGAGCAGAGAGGAGCAGAGCAAGCCAUGUAUAAGAAGAUGCUGGGUAACCCCACUAGCAGCAGCAGCAGCACACAGAAGCACCGGGCCAAAUCUUCAUGGGGUCUCAGCUGGAAGUGGCUAUUUGGUGCUACUGCAGUAGCCAUUGGCGGUGUAGCACUAUCAGUUGUCAUAGCUGCUAGAAAUUGAGCCAAGCCUGUAGUGAUGGCCUGACCAAGCUACUGCAGUGUAAGAGCCUAAAACAUAGAAGCACAUCUGGCAGUGCCUUCUGACCUUUGGCCAAGUGGGGUACAGAUAUCAUCUGGUUGGUUGCCUCUUCACUGUCACUCUCUUUUUCUCUGCUAUGUUUGAGAACUAUUAUAUGACAAAUCAUAAAGCAUCUAUGGGAACUGUUUUUCCAACAUUAUAAAUGUGUAGGUUUAUGCACAUCUCUCAUGUUGCCAGCCACUGUUUUUUGUCUGCUGCCAUUGUUUUUGUCUUUGGUAGUUAAUGUUGGAAAAUUAAAAUAAAAGAUAAUUUAACCUAGAUUCAGAUGUGAGCUAUUUAAAAAUAUUUUUCUCAUUUGAAAAUAGCUAUUGUGAUACGGUCCUAUGUUAUGCUAGAGUUUUAAAGUGUUGUACAGGUAAAGUCAUUUUCCCUGUCCGAGAGAGAAUAUGUGUUUUCAUUUUGUUUUAAUUACGGUACAGUAUUUCUUGCUGACUGGUGUAAUGCAGUUGCUCUAUUAUUUUAGGUCCAAACAAGGGAAAAGAAGCUGGCUUGUUUGCUAGCUUUCACACCCUUUCUACCAGAGACUCCACUCGUACAGCGAGUUACCAGAAAAAAAUAGAAACACCUGUACGAUUUAUUGCAACUGUUUUUUGGUUUGAGUCAGUUCUAUGGUACGUAUUGAGGCUGGAGUUUGUUGUGCCAUUGUAUUGAAAGGUCUUCCUGAAAUUGUAUCCACCUCAUUAACAUAUAUAGGGGAAGAAAUAAAUAUUACAAUAUUAAUGCAGUUAAAAAUAUACAACCAUCUAUAGCUUCAAAAAGUAAUAUGGAACUGAAUCAGCAACAAUGGUGAAAAAUAAGAACAUUUAAAGUUUAUACAUGACUGCAUUUCAUCACAAGUUCACAAUUGCAUCGCAACACGUCGGAGGGUGUCUAUAUUUCUGGGCACUUGUGUAUAGAGGUGUUAACGCAUCAGCUAGAGUAGAUCUGCUGUACUUUCAACAUUUGGUAAAUGACUAAUUUCUUGUUGAUGGAGGUAUUGUUUUAUGUUGGAAACAAGUACAGAGGAUGGGGCACAUUCUCUGUGAUGUGGCAAUGAAUAGCGGUGAAGGAGAGUUUAUUUUUAUUAUUCAUUUAUACCUCAGUUUUUGAUGAUUAAGACCAAAUGUUGAAGGAUGAUAAUAUUAGAUGUGUGUGUGUGUGUUUUUUCCAUCCCCUACAUUUUUCACCUGUGAACUUUUCCUUUAAUUUUGUUCGUUUGGGUGUUUUAUUUAUUCCACCGCUUUUGAUCGUCACUUUCUUACGUAUGGCUACGUGACUUCGCUGAGUCUGCGCUUCUUCAGAGUAGGUGGUAGGCUGACAGAGUCAAAGUUGCAUAAACUCUGUAAUGUAAUGAAAUGAAAGGCUUCCUGCAUUUGUUAAUUUUAUAAUCACCACAAUAAAAAUUUGUCUGUUAUCAGACUACAGUUUC